AUGGUCCACCUCACCGCGCGUCUGUUCUUUCGUCCCACCCGCCUCGUCCUCCCCCAUGCUCGCCGUGCACUCUCCACCGUGCGCCCGGCGACCGUUAGCGUGCUGGGGCAAACCUACCCGACCGACGCGUGGACGAACAUCACCCCCGCCGUGAUCUCCAAGCUCGGCGCCGGCCUGCUCGCGAAACCGGGACAUCCACUGCAUACCGUCCGGACGCUCAUCGAAUCGCAUUAUCCCUCGUUCUCCCACCUGAGCGCAUCGAACCCGCUGGUAACGCCGGGCAAGAACUUUGACGAGCUCGGGUUCCCCGCGGACCACCCCGGGCGCGCCGUCUCGGACUCGUACUACGUCAACAAGGACCUGCUCCUCCGCACGCACACCUCCGCGCACGAAGUCGAGACGUUUAAGGCUGGGCACACGAAAUGGUUACUGACUGCGGACGUGUACCGGAGAGACGAGAUCGACGCGACGCAUUACCCUGUCUUCCACCAGAUGGAGGGCGCGCGAAUUUUCGACGCGGACCACGCGGGGAUGGCCGAGGUGGAGGAGGACAACGAGCGGCUGUCAAGGCAGCUCUCUCGGUCCAACAUCGUCAUCGAGGACAUCUCGCAUUCUUCGCCAUCCAACCCCGUUCAACCAGAGCAUUCCAAGGAACACGCGGAGCUGGUCGCGCUGAACCUCAAGCUGUCUUUGAAUAGUCUCAUGCUGAGGCUGUUCGGAGGUGCGGUGGGUGCCACACCCGAGAACCCGCUCAGGGUGCGAUGGAUAGAGGCCUAUUUCCCGUUCACAUCGCCGAGUUUCGAGGUCGAAGUGUUCUUCGGCGGAAAGUGGCUCGAGAUCCUCGGGUGCGGUGUGGUGCAACAGCUCACCUUCGACAAGUCCAAUUUACCGUCCAAGAUUGGAUGGGCUUUCGGACUCGGUCUGGAACGUAUCGCUAUGAUCCUUUAUUCAAUACCAGACAUUCGCCUGUUCUGGUCUCAGGAUCCCCGCUUCAUCUCGCAGUUUUCUCCUUGCCAAAUUACCACGUUCAAGCCGUACUCGAAGUUUCCUAGCUGCUACAAGGACGCCAGCUUCUGGCUUCCUGCGCAUGGGUUGAACAAGAACGAUGUCUUCGAUGUUGUGCGAGAUAUCGCUGGUGAUCUCGUUGAAGACGUCGCUCUGAUCGACGAAUUCAUACAUCCCAAGACGAAACGCACCAGCCAGUGCUACCGCAUCAACUAUCGCUCCUUGGAUAGAUCGUUAACCAACGCGGAGAUCAACGACAUGCAGGAGCUUGUGAACGGCAAACUCGAGUCUCAAUUCGGCGUCGAGAUACGGCAACCAAAAGCAUAGUGACCAGAGGCCACCUGCACCACUCAGUCUUGUGAUAUCUUAUCGUCAUAUAGUAUCUAAUGCACUCAAAUCUGCCGUCCCCGCGAAGAUAGCUGUAGCAUUGAGGUGCAACGUUGA